UGGCAGCGGCGGCGCCACCGCGGAGAUCCCGCCGCCUGGCUCUGCGCGGGGACUCGGCACCCUGCGGGGUGGGCGUCUCGCAGUGCGCCCGGGAGCCGUCGGGGGCGCGGGCUGAGCCACCGACCCGACACUUGUCCCCAGGCGGCGGGCUGCAGGAGGGCGCGGAAAGGCCGCGCUGCGAGGACACCGCGCCAAGCUCCAGACACCAUGGCCCCGAAGCUGCUGCUGCUCCUCUGCCUGUUCUCAGGCUUGCACGCGCGGUCCAGAAAGGUGGAAGACGAUGAAUAUGAAGACUCAUCUUCAAACCAAAAGUGGGUUUUGGCUCCAAAAUCCCAGGACACUGAUGUGACUCUUAUUCUCAACAAGCUUCUAAGAGAAUAUGACAAAAAACUGAGACCAGAUAUUGGAAUAAAACCGACCGUAAUUGAUGUUGACAUUUAUGUAAACAGCAUUGGGCCUGUGUCAUCAAUAAACAUGGAAUACCAAAUCGAUAUAUUUUUUGCUCAGACCUGGACAGACAGUCGCCUUCGAUUCAACAGCACAAUGAAAAUACUUACUCUGAAUAGCAACAUGGUAGGGCUGAUAUGGAUUCCAGACACAAUCUUUCGCAAUUCCAAAACCGCUGAGGCUCACUGGAUUACUACACCCAAUCAACUCCUCAGGAUCUGGAAUGACGGGAAAAUCCUUUACACUUUAAGGCUCACCAUAAAUGCAGAGUGCCAGCUGCAGCUGCACAACUUCCCCAUGGACGAGCACUCGUGCCCGCUGACCUUCUCCAGCUAUGGCUACCCCAAAGAAGAAAUGAUUUAUAGAUGGAGAAAAAAUUCAGUGGAGGCAGCUGAUCAGAAAUCAUGGCGGCUUUAUCAGUUUGACUUCAUGGGUCUCAGAAACACUACCGAAAUUGUGACAACAUCUGCAGGUGAUUAUAUUGUCAUGACUAUAUAUUUUGAAUUGAGUAGAAGAAUGGGAUACUUCACUAUUCAGACGUAUAUUCCCUGUAUACUGACUGUGGUUUUAUCCUGGGUCUCAUUUUGGAUCAAAAAAGACGCUACUCCAGCAAGAACAGCAUUAGGAAUCACCACGGUCCUCACCAUGACCACACUCAGCACCAUCGCCAGGAAAUCCCUGCCUCGGGUGUCCUACGUGACUGCCAUGGACCUCUUUGUCACUGUGUGCUUCCUGUUCGUCUUUGCUGCGCUGAUGGAGUACGCCACCCUCAACUACUACUCGAGUUGUAGAAAACCAGCCGCCACGAAGAAGAAAACAUCCUUAUUACAUCCAGAUUCCUCAAAAUGGAUUCCUGAGCGAAUAAGCCUACAGACCCCCUCCAACUACUCUCUGCUUGAUACGAGGCCACCGCCACCUGCGAUGAUCACUCUGAACAAUUCCAUGUACUGGCAGGAAUUUGAAGAUUCCUGUGUCUAUGAGUGUCUCGACGGCAAAGACUGCCAGAGCUUUUUCUGCUGCUAUGAAGAAUGUAAAUCAGGAUCUUGGAGAAAAGGGCGGGUCCACAUAGACCUCUUGGAGCUGGACUCAUAUUCCCGCGUCUUUUUCCCCACAUCGUUCCUGCUCUUCAACCUGGUCUAUUGGGUUGGAUACCUGUAUCUCUAACGUUGCUUCUAGCGAUGAGUUUCGAGCACCUGGUUCACACUCUUUACCUUCCCUCAUCCCCAGACCCAUAAGAACUGAUCUGAAGUAGCCAUGAAGGGUAUUUCUCAGUUUAUCUCAAAUUAUAAAUUACCUUUGAACAA